GUACAGAACUGUUAUCAUUUUCCUACUACGGAAAAAUCGGGUAUUUCUGGUUUCCGCAAACAAGUGGUACGAAUUACAAGUAAUAAACCCGCUAGCAAUAAAAUUAGGUUACAAAGGGAAUCAAAACAAAACACACAAAAACGUCAAACCAGAGUUGAGGUUAGGCACCGUGCAAAGAUCGCGUUAACCUUAUCGGAAUCCGGUUAUAAGGUUGGCUUAUUAGACAUUGAUCUGUGCGGUCUCAGCGUUCCAUUCUUGCUAGGACUAGAGGAUCACGAUGUUCACCAAUGUGAAGAAGGAUGGGUACCGGUUUAUACCAGUGCCGAAAAGAAACUGGCCGUUAUGUCGAUUGGUUUUCUGUUGAAGAGCCGAACCGAAGCUGUUAUUUGGCGAGGACCCAAGAAGACUGCAAUGAUCAAACAGUUUUUAGAGGACGUCGCUUGGGAUGAGUUGGAUUAUCUCAUUAUCGAUACUCCUCCGGGCACUUCGGACGAACACAUCACCGCCAUGGAAAGCUUGAAGGGAGUAAACGCAGAUUGUGACAACGCCUCAGGAAAUGGCCUUGGAAGACGUCCGAAAGGAGGUAGCUUUCUGUAAGAAAACUGGGAUACCAAUCAUUGGGAUUGUAGAGAAUAUGAGCGGCUUCAUGUGUCCCAAUUGUGCCGAAUGUACGAAUAUAUUCUCUUCGGGAGGUGGAUUAGCGUUGGCAGAACUGGCAAAAGUGCCCCACUUGGGGACGUUACCGAUCGAUCCACAUGUUGGUGGAUUGGGGGGUACGGGAAAGGUAUGUGUGAAUUAACUACCAGAUUGUACCACGUCACAAGUGCUGAGAGAUAUUGUUAAGGUUUUAACAGUGGAAAAGCAAUAAAACUUAAGCUUAAUUUGAAAUAAA